CACUUCAACACCUGACUCACCUGAACAGAACAUCAUCUCAUCUCACCCUAUCGAUUUAACAGGACAAACACUGACAGCAACUGAUGGACCUUUAUGUGCUCACUAUAUGUGCCCUGGCUGUGCAAGUCAAAUCAGGUGAUCAAAAAGAAAAUGUAGCAACAGGAAAACCAACAAGUCUCCAAUCCACUGAAUCCAGCCAUGCCUCUGACUUGGCUGUUGAUGGAGAUCCAGACACCUUCACUCUCAGCCAAGUGUCCAUCACUCCAAGCUGGAGGGUGGACCUGGAGAGGGUUUACAAUGUGGACGCUGUGAGCAUCACCAACAGGCCAGACUGCUGUCCAGAGAAGCUCAAUGGGGCUCAGAUCCACAUUGGCAGCUCCAAAAGUGGAAAUCCCAGGUGUGCUGUGGUCUCAGCAGUUCCUGUUGGGGGGACCUUCAGUUAUAGUUGUCAUGGGAUGCAGGGACGCUAUGUUAGUGUUUUCAUUCCGGGGGAGGGGAAGCAGCUGGCCUUGGCUGAAGUGCAGGUGUUUGGAAAACCUGCAGAAAAUGUAGCAAUAGGAAAACCAACAAGUCUCCUAUCCACUGAAUCCAGCCAUGCCUCUGACUUGGCUGUUGAUGGAGAUCUUAACACAUUCACUCUCAGCCAAGUGUACACCACUCCAGUCUGGAGGGUGGACCUGGAGAUGGUUCACAGGGUGGACACUGUGAGCAUCACCAACAGGCCAGACUGCUGUCCAGAGACACUCAAUGGGGCUCAGAUCCACAUUGGCAGCUCCCAAAUUGGGAAUCCCAGGUGUGCUGAGGUCUCAGUGGUUCCUGUUGGGGAGACCUAUAACUAUAGCUGUCAUGGGAUGGAGGGACGCUAUGUUAAUGUUUUCAUUAAUGGGGAGGGGAAGCAGCUGGCCUUGGCUGAGGUGCAGGUGUUUGGAAAACCUGCAGUCAUUCCCACACCAACUCCAGCACCCACCACUCCCACCAUCGCUCCCCCUCCCCCUCCUCCCCCCCUCACACUCCUGGUCAGUGGACGCACCGUGGUGCUGGUCCGUGAGCAGCUGAGCUGGUACGACGCCCUGCUCCACUGCCGGAGCCUCUACAGGGACCUGGCCAGCCUGCAUAGCCCAGAGAAGCAGCUGGAGGUGGGGGAGGCCCUGCUGCUCCGUGGAGCCAACACUGCCCACGUGUGGCUGGGGCUCCGGCGGAGGAUGCUCUCCAGCGUCUGGUACUGGAUGAACGGGGAGGAGAUGGACCACAGCAGCUGGGAAGGGGGGAGACCUCGGUACCACGAGAUCCCUGGCACCAGCGCCUGUGGAGCAGCAGCCAACAUGGUGCAGUUUCUGUGGAGCGACCGGCACUGCAAAGAGCAGCUCAACUUUCUCUGCUACACUGAUGAUGAUCCUGACUACAGCCCUGUGCAAUUCACCAUCACCUACGCAAGAAUAUGAAGCUUUCUGUUAUACUAUUUAUCAAUUACAAUUGCAAUCAUGUUACUCUGAUAUUACUUUUUGACUUAUCCUAGAAAUGUUUGUUGUGUUCAUUGCAAAUCAAAUAUAUUGUUAUGGUAUGCAGAAACAAAUGUACACAGUAACAAAACAUUUCAUGUAAAAUUGUAAGAUCGAUAUUAGAUUCAAAAUGCACAUUCUGGUCACUUUUAUGUAGCAAACUCAUAUAUCAAUGUAGUAUUUGUGCUGCCUGUAUAUGGGUGAAUAAGAAGAAUUAAAUUAAGUUAAUUAUGUUAAAUUAUGUUAACCAUUCGUAACAUUGCCUCUAGCAUUACAUUAACAUUUAUUUAUUCAGCAGAUGCUUUUUAUUUAAAGUGACUUAUCCAAAACAUAUGUCAAUUAUAUUACAAAGGCCAAUGUCCCUGGAGCAACUUAGGGUUAAGUGCCUUGCAGAAAGGCAACGUUGGAAGUCGAGAAUUGAACAUAUAACUUUUCAGGCUACUGCAUGCUAGCCCAGC